AUGCCAAAAGACAGCCGUCGACAGACCGACUUGUCUUUGCACACUUUAUGCAAAAAGAUUGGAAUCGUGAGCAACAGAAAGAGCGCAUCGGACUAUGAUGAUGACAUGAAGCGUGCUAAAUCCCUGGGGAUUGAUGCAUUUGCUCUGAACAUUGGCGUAGACCCCUAUACUGAUCAACAACUCCAACUUGCAUACGAGUCAGCUGCCAACAAUCAGAUGAAGGUGUUCCUAUCAUUUGACUUUAACUGGUGGCACACUGAUCAGGCUACCGCAGUUGGCCAGAAGAUUGCCCAGUAUGCUGGCAAACCUGCACAACUUCUCGUCGACAAUAAGGUGUUUGUUUCAUCAUUUGCCGGGGAUGGAAUCGAUGUGGCGGUAUUGCGAGCCGCAGUCGGAAGAUCGAUCUUUUUCGCACCCAAUUUCCAUCCUGCUUACGGGACAGACAUCUCGACAGUUGAUGGCCUGUUGAAUUGGAUGGCUUGGCCCAACAACGGAAACAACAAAGCUCCAACUCCCAACCACAUGGUUUCUGUUGCCGACGGAGAUCGUGAAUAUGCCAAUGCCCUUGGUGGAAAAGCUUAUAUUGCCCCUGUAUCCCCGUGGUUUUUCACGCAUUUCGGACCUGAGGUUUCUUACAGCAAGAAUUGGAACUUCCCAUCUGACCUUCUGUGGUUUAAUAGAUGGAAUGAGAUCCUUGCGCUGAAGCCUCGAUUUAUCGAGAUUGUGACCUGGAAUGACUAUGGAGAGUCUCAUUAUAUUGGCCCUUUGAACUCCCCACAUACUGACGAUGGGGCUUCCAAAUGGGUUAACGACAUGCCCCACGAUGGAUGGCUAGACAUUUCAAAGCCAUACAUCGCUGCGUUCAAAGCAGGCGAAUCAUCUCCCAACCAUCACAUCUCAUCUGACGAGUUAGUCUACUGGUAUCGACCCGCACCACGUGGGGUGAACUGUGACUCUACAGACACUUGCAUGGUCCCCGCAAACAAUGGGAGUGGAAACUACUUCAUGGGUCGUCCAGACGGCUGGCAAUCCAUGGCCGAUUCUGUCUUCGUUGUAUCAUUGCUUACAUCCCCAGCCAAAGUGCAGGUCAACAGCGGUGGGACUAUCUACAAUUACGACGCACCAGCAGGGGCAAGCGCAAAGGAGGUGCCGAUGGGAGUUGGCGCACAAAGCUUUGCGGUCAUUCGGGGCGGGAAAAGCAUCCUCUCAGGGACCAGUUUGAAGGAGAUUAUCAAUGGCUGUGUGUGUGGUCUCUACAACUUCAAUGCCUAUGCCGAGUCCCUCAUUGGGUACAGUACCCCCUGCUCCCCCAUCUUCAAGUACAAGCAGCAGUUUGCCAAGUCCUCCCCCAAGUUCCGCGUCUCCAAGCCCAACUGGCGGUGGUAG